AUGGCGGCCGGCGCACGCGCAAAGCCUCUCGCCAACGGCGUUCACGACGAGAGCCAGCCCAUCGAGCUGGCCUUCCAACUCCCGCACAGCCCAGGGCUGCAAGUCAAUUUGCACCUGACGGUCAAGGCCACCUCCAUCCUCCUCUUCCUCACAAGCACACAGGCAGAGUCCGGUCAGGUGACUGCACCCACGGGAAGCUUCGUGUACGCGAUGCCGGAUAGGUACCAGCCAAGCCAACCAAUGAGUACGGUGCUGUACAGCAUGCCGUCCUCGGUCGACUUUACAACUCGCAUCGCAAAGGUGCUGGUGCGCCGCUUGCAGAAGCCGUGCUACGUCGGCAGCAGUGUCAACCUGUCCGGCGCGAUGGGCGGUGGCAGCGUGGACGAGGAGAUGGAGGCGUUCCGCUCAAUUAUUGACGUUGUCUGCAAGCAAGCCCAUGGCUGA